AUGCGCAGUGGGUGGUUCAGUCAGUCAGCUGUAGCCGCGCACGUGUGUGUCCUAUGGUUGUGUCUAUGGUCCUCGUGUGGAACCAUGACAGACGUGACGCGUGGUUCCGCUGCAGUAGAUGAUGUAGGACAAAGAUUCCGAGACCAGUUCUUCUCCAUGACUCGUGUGGCGUCUCUGCCCUGGACGAUUGUAGAAGAUGAACUUGAACGCAGUAAAUCCACAGACAUAAUUUCACAGAUCCUGAAUCAGACCUGCUGCCACCCGCUGUGCUCAGAGUUCCCCCCUUCGGUCCGAUACAGACGGGUCUUCAUCUGCGAGCUCAUCAAGAGGCUGGAGGCCUCCUGCUGUGACUCUGUGGACCUGCUCUAUGAUGCUCUGGCUGCAGUGAUCGGCGAAGAGGAGGCCGUCGUCUGCUACAAGUCCUACUUCCUGCCUGGUGGUGGCGCUGUGACGCUGCAGGAGAAUGUGGCGAUGGUUUCUCAGGGGACGACGGGGCUGGUGACCUGGGAGGCCUCUCUCUACCUCGCAGAGUGGGCCCUGGACCAUCAACAGUACUUCAGAGACAGGAGGGUUCUGGAGCUGGGCAGUGGGAGUGGUCUCACUGGGAUCACCAUCUGCUCGUCGUGUUCUCCCUCCAGCUUCACCUUUAGCGACGUCCACCCAAAGGUCCUCAACAGACUGGAGGAGAACCUGACCCUGAACCACCUCCAGAACCAGGUCAGUGUGGUGGAGCUGGACUGGGCUUCAGUGACAGAGGAGCAGCUGCGAGAUCUGGAGGCAGAUACCAUCAUCGCUGCAGAUGUGGUGUAUGACCCGGAGGUGGUGGUCCACCUGGUUUCUCUUCUUUCUCGGAUCUUGAGCUCGACUCUCGACGUCUUCAUCUGCUCCACCAUCAGGAACCCAGACACAUACAGAGACUUCAAGCAGCAGCUGGACGCAGCUGGGAUCCUCCAGGUGGCGCUGUCUGCUCCGGUCAGAACAGUCUUCCCCUACAGCAGAGAAUCUCACAUAGAAAUGAUCAAACUGCACAAAAAUACUUAA